AUGUCCUCGGUCGCCUCCCAUUUAUCCACCAAACUCUCACCUCUGGGUACUCUCCUUGCUCUAGCCCUUCCGCUUGUCGUAAUUUCCUACCGCGUUUUACGUGUUCCACGCCGUGCUGCGAAAGUCGCACGAACAGACGAGAGGGUUCUAAUACUCGGAGGUUCUAGUGGAAUAGGCCGGGCAAUUGCGCGCGAAUAUGCUACAAGGGGGGCCCGCGUAUGUCUUGUUGCGCGGCGGGAAGAGGAACUCAGAAGGGUGGUAGACGAAUGCGCUGCUCUGUGUCCAGAGAAGAGCAGCCAUGAAGGCGAGAGAGUAAUCAGCGUGGUCGCUGAUUUCACGAAUGUAGAUGAUAUGGUGACUGUGCGAGGGGUUGUAGAGCACAAAUGGCAGGGAAUCGACACUUUGAUGGUGUCUGCGGGCGCGUCAGCUCUACGGCCCCUCAUGGAGGUCGCGGGUCUUGAGAGAUUGGGAACAUCGUUCACCCCUCCGCAAGCUAAUGUAGAGGGAUUGCGGCGAGCCGUCGAAGUUGCUAAUGCUGCGGCGAGAAUCAACUACACUGGACCGCUUGUAUCCGCCGCCACCUUUCUUCCCCUCCUCCAGUCCAACUCUCCCGCUCCAGCUAUCCUUCUCAUCUCCUCGCUCGGCGCUGUCGUGCCCGCGCCAACCCGUUCUAUCUAUGCGUCAACGAAAAGCGCGUCGCUUGUGCUUUACGAAUGCCUCGCCAUCGAGCACCCCGCCGUCGCCUUUUCCUUCGCCAUUCUCGCCACCGUGCAGGGCGACUUCCGGGCGUCCGCCGUCGACGCGGGUCCUGUACGGGAAUCAGACCCAAACAGACAUGGCCUGCUGCCAGAGGACGUCGCACAGCGCUGCGUGCGCGCUGUGGAUACGGGCGAGAAAUUCUUCUGGAUGCCGUAUUUAUAUAGCAGGCUAGGCCACGCAUUGUACUGGAUCGUGCCGUCGUUUGUGGAGUGGCGGGCCGGCGUAAAGUACAAAUUUUCCCCUCAAGCAUGA